AUGGCGACUCAUGACGAUCAGCCGUUCGAGACAUCUGCGGGCGUGACGAUUGCGCCGACGUUUGAUGCUCUCAAUUUGAAGGAAGACCUCUUACGAGGUAUCUAUGCCUAUAACUUUGAGAAGCCGUCAGCUAUUCAGCAGCGAGCCAUCAUACCGAUAACAAAGGGACACGAUGUCAUUGCCCAAGCACAGUCUGGUACCGGCAAGUCUGCCACUUUUGCCAUCUCUGCUCUUCAGACGAUCGACAUCAACUUGCGUGAGACUCAAGCGCUUGUGCUCUCGCCUACUCGUGAACUGGCGACUCAGCAUGUCUCCACUGUCCUCGCGCUGGGUGACUACAUGAACGUCCAGGCUUGGGCCUGCAUUGGAGGUACUUCGAUCGGAGAGGAUAUCAGGAAGCUCGAGCACGGUCAGCACGUCGUCUCUGGCACGCCGGGCAGAGUGUUCGACAUGAUCCGUCGACGCUCGCUACGAACGAGGAAUAUAAAAAUGCUCGUGCUCGACGAGGCAGACGAAUUGCUCAACCAAGGCUUCAAGGACCAGAUCUACGAUGUCUAUCGCUACCUGCCACCGGAUACACAAGUCGUGCUGCUCUCCGCUACCCUACCACACGAUGUGCUCGAGAUGACGGCCAAGUUCAUGACCGAUCCUGUCCGAAUUCUCGUCAAGCGUGACGAGUUGACACUCGAGGGCAUCAAGCAGUUCUUCGUCGCUGUCGAGAAGGAAGAUUGGAAGUUUGAUACUCUGUGCGAUCUCUAUGACACCUUGACGAUCACUCAAGCUGUCAUCUUCUGUAACACGCGAAGAAAAGUCGACUGGCUGACCGAAAAGUUGCGCGAGGCUAACUUUACUGUCUCAUCCAUGCACGGCGAGAUGCCCCAGAAGGAACGUGAUGCUAUCAUGGCCGAAUUCCGACAGGGCGCCUCCCGAGUACUCAUCACGACAGAUGUCUGGGCACGCGGUAUUGACGUCCAACAAGUCUCGCUCGUCAUCAACUAUGAUCUGCCAAACGCGCGUGAGAAUUACUUGCACCGCAUCGGACGAUCUGGUCGGUUCGGUCGCAAGGGUGUCGCUAUCAACUUUGUCACGAACGAAGAUGUCAAGAUCCUGCGCGAUAUCGAACAAUACUACGGUACCCUCGUCGACGAGUUGCCCUUUGGCCACGAAGGGUUCACUGGCGCUAGAUCUGACGAUCAAGUAACAAAGGCAAACAUGAGGCAUAACACGGGCAUCUUGCUUGUUGCCGGCCUACUACCGACUGCGUUUGCGUUCAGUGGAAGAGGGACGUUCUACAAUACUCAGACUGGCAGUGCAGGCUCGUGCGGCUCGAUGCUGUACAACUCAGAAUUCGUCGUCGCAAUGAACGAGCAGCAGAUGAACAACGGCUGGUGCGGUCAGACAAUCACAAUCUCCUACGGCGGCAAGUCUACUCAGGCCACCGUUCAGGACAGGCAGAACAGUUGCCCGGGCUGUCCAUAUGGCGCGCUCGACCUCUCGCCCUCGCUCUUCUCCUACUUUGCCGAUCAAUCCGUCGGGGUCAUCCAGAUCACCUGGUCAGCGGGUGGCGGAGGCGACGACCAGCCUGCCAGCUCGACCACGCCACGUUACACGCCCAGCACAUCUUACUACACUCCCCCUUCGUCAACCUACACGCCGCCCGCAACGACACAACAGCAACAGCAAUGGACAUCGAGUUACGUAGCACCUUCGAGCGUCUAUGUUGCUCCCACGACGAGCACCAGAGCGUCUUCCUCAUCAAUUGUUGUCGUACCCUCGUCUACUUCGUCCGCCGUCCCGCAAGUCACGCAGGACGCGAGAACUGCACAGAUCGACGCACAACCUCUUGGCAAUCUCGAUACGAUCAAUCAGCUCAUCAUUGCAAUGGGUGCAAUUGUCGGUGCGGCAGGAUCCGCAAAGUAG